CAACCAAACCAAACUUUCGUGAUUCCCUAUUUUAUUUUCACGUGCACAACAAAGACACGGUUAACUCGAAUGAUGAUGAUAAUCAUGGAUGGCUAGUCUUAUUAUUAUUGCUUAUACAUAAUGAUAGUUUAUGAUAGUAACAACAUAUAGUUAUGUCUUAUUCAUUAACAUGAUUAUUGUUUUAAUGUAAUGUAAUGUAAUUUGGUUAAUCCAAUUAUCCGAUUAACCAAACCAAUUAAACUUUGAUUUAGUUAAUUUGGGUUUCGUGUUAAUUUGGACGGUUUGGUUAAGACAUUUUAUUUCAUGGUUGAUGAAAUUUAGGCUUAAUUGGUUUGGUAAUUACCACGGUAACCAUUUGAACACCCCUAAUGAUACUAGCUUAUAACCCGACCUGUUGAUCGGAGUUAGCCAAGCCGAAUAUUGAAUUAUUGGUAUGGACUCAUGUAUAUUGUGAGGGGAAUAAGUGACAUGAAUUUGUUUUGAUGUUUAGGAUAACUAAAUAGCUAAAUUUACCGUCAAUUAUUAAUCGUUUAACCAUUAGCUUUCGAGAACUGACCAUAUUAUUUAAUCGAUUAUCAUCGAUAGAACCACUAAUCAUUUCAGUUAUCGGUUACACUAGACAAUUGUUUAGCUAAUCUAUACAAAAUUGAAAUAAGGUAUGGGCUUAAUUGCAAGUUUGGUCACCCGAAUUGCUUAAAAAUUUCACGUUUGCCACCCGAAUUGAUUUAUUCCAUUUAUAGUCACUCGAAUUAGUUGAACAGUCCAAGUUCGGUCACUCUCCGUUAACCUCCGUUAGACUCCGUUAAUGACGUCCGUUAAGUGAUGACGUGGCUAACAGAAAGACACAGUCAGCACAUUUAAACAUUAAAAAAAGACGACCCGACCUGACCCGACCCGCCAACUCAGCCUUACCCACCAACUCAGCCUUACUUGCCCAACCCAAGAACCAACCCAGCCUAAUUCACCCUAAACCCAGACCCGAGACCCAACCCCCCCUGAAAAUUAAAUCGCAGAUGGAUUAGGGCAUUUCCCUUCCUCCAUCUUCAUCCUCUCAUCCUCAAGCGCUGCCUCUCUCCAAUUUCCUCGCUAAACCCCCGCCUCCCUCGAUUGCACAGCCAGCAGCCAAACGCUGCCUAUUAAUCCUCUGCUUCCGGCCGCCGUCUGGAAACCGCGCCACUCUGCACUUGUCGGCCAGAUGUCUUCUCAGUCGCUUCAUUUCUUCACUCCAUCCUCCACCGCCUGCCCGAACAUUACCUUCCCAAAGCUUUCGCUUCCGUUUCCCAACCGCCGCUUCGCGUUCGCUUCCUCUCCUCGGACAUUUUCGAUCAGAGCCGUUUCGGCGUCUUCAGAUCCCAAUCAGGCACCGCCGCCAGUCGUUGUUGCCGACAAUGGAGCGGGUAGCAGGGUUGUGGCGGUGUCGGCGACGGCGGAUUCCAGCUCGGGUCUGGGUUUAGGGUGAAUUAUGCUGGGUUGGUUCUUGGGUUGGGCAAGUAAGGCUGAGUUGGCGGGUAAGGCUGAGUUGGCGGGUCAGGUCGUCUUUUUUUAAUGUUUAAAUGUGCUGACUGUGUCUUUCUGUUAGCCACGUCAUCACUUAACGGACGUCAUUAACGGAGUCUAACGGAGGUUAACGGAGAGUGACCGAACUUGGACUGUUCAACUAAUUCGAGUGACUAUAAAUGGAAUAAAUCAAUUCGGGUGGCAAACAUGAAAUUUUUAAGCAAUUCGGGUGACCAAACUUGCAAUUAAGCCAUAAGGUAUGUAGUGCUAUAGUACAUUGGGUUUUGCACUGUAUCUGAUCACUUUUUCCCUCUCUUCUUUGUUGCUCCUUCUCCAAACGUGACCUAGCUUCUCUUUUUCUCCAAUACAUCUUCUCUUUUGGUAGAAACUAGAAAGUCCAAUCCGUCUCCUGAAGUUCCGCCAUUCCAAUCUUCGCCGAGAAGGAGCCAAUUGGCGGCCGGGGUAUCGCAUCCUCCCCAUCCCCCAUGUCUCGACGAGACCGAGACCGAGAUCGCGACCGCGACCGCGACCGCGGCAGGGAGCGUUACGAGCGCGAUUUCAACACCAGACGAUACCGCUCCGGCUUCGACAGGGAACCCAGGUACCCAUAUCUCUCCCUUCUGCGCAAAGUAUGAAUCAUCUGGAAAACCCCUGGCUGAUUUUCCCGGUUUUAAUUGUUGCUUGAAUAAGCUGGAAUUGGAAUGGCCGAUUAGUUCGCAAGAUUUUCUGGUUUAUAUAAUCUGCUACUCCUGGGACGAACUAAGGCUGUGGGUCACUCCCGUGCAGUUGAAGUUGCUGUAUGAGUGUGCUAUGUUACUGAUUCUUGUAAUGGACCUUUGAGCGAACGGUGCGAGAGUAGGAUUUAGGUAAACGGCUCCUCAAGUCGAGGUUACAUAAACAUUAACAAAUGGAUGGAGAAACCUGAUUGUCUUAAUCAGUGGGCAUAAAACUGAAACUUGGGUUCUCUAUUCCACUCUCAAGCUUUGCUCUUUCUAGUUUCAAAGAGUGUUAAUAACUGCUUCAUUUGGUAUGGUGCUCUAUUCUGUUGUUGAGUCUUGAAAGGAGGAUGCCUUAACUUUUACUCCUAUGCACCAAAAGGAAUGGGAUCAGCCAAAAUGUAUGUUGUGCCAUUGAGGAGUAGUUACUAUUUGUCAUCCUUUCUCUAUUUGUAUAUUUGGAGAUCUAGAAUCCGUUUAUGCUUACAUUAGUUUCAACUCUCCAGAUUGGUUCCUCAGAGAAUGCUGUUUGAAUGACUAAUCAGAUAAAUGAAUGCCUAAAGUUAACUUUGAACUUAGCUAGCUCCAGACUUGGUUUUGAAUACCAUGCUGCAUUCGCUUAAAAGCUCUCAGUAAUUAUAUGGCGGUUACUCCUUAAGAACCUGGCAGUGCCCAUAGUAAACUUCUAUGAGGAGCCAGACACAGACACACAGUGGUUGAUGGAUUUGCUUGACAUAUUCUCGCCAUUUUUCCCACACCUCAUGUAUUCAUCUAUUUACCUGAGGCUAUUGGAAGCGUAGUUCACUUGGUUUCUUAUAUAGUAAAAUCCAUUUUUUUCCCCCGACCCUGUAACAUAUUGUAAAUUUUAUCUGAGUUGUCUACCGGUGAAUGUGUCUUAUAGUCCCAAGAGGUCUAGGAGGGACGAGAAGCUAGAGACAGAGAAAGUGUUUAGCGAACCUAAUCCUGAAAGUGGAGAUUUGACGCAUCAUUCUGAAAGCGGUCAUGUCAAGACGCAAGAUGCAGAAGUACCUCUUGUUUCUGAACCAGGCCCUGAUUCUAAGUUGGAAUCUGCUGAUGAUAAGAAAGAACUUGAAAAGAAACCCAAUGAGCAGCAUCAUGCAGAUGUUACCCCAAGUACCAAUUCAAAGGAAGUGCCUCGAUCUCGAACUUAUUUCCAGGUUCACCUGAAUGUCUCUUCUCUUGGUCUUCUGGAUUCUAUUGGAAUUGGUUGAUUUUACAUGU